AUAUCAUCCUUUUACCAGUAACAAUGUCAUAAUUCUUAACACCUACAAUAGAUGAAUUAUAUGAUUCAUUAAGAUUAACAGAUAUUGCUAAAUCAAAUGAAUCAUUAGAACCAUCACCCAGAAAAUAUAUUAAGGUAAUUUAUAUUUAUAAUAAUUCAGAUAGAAGAUUAUGAAAAUACUCCUUUAGAAACUCAAGAUUCAUCCUCAUACAAUAAAAUUAUUAUCCCCAUUCCCUUGAAAUAACCAGUGUCGGCUUCAAAGUAAGGCCAAAGAAUGCUUAUUAAUCCAAAUUUGAAGAUUGUAAUUAAUUUAUUCCAUUUUCAUUUAGAAAAUGCUAAAUCUUUAUAUCUCACACGCUAUUAUUCAAGAAGAGGACAAUAUUUUCAAUUGUACUUAAUCACAGAAAUGAGAAAUCCUUAUAAUUUUUUGAAUUUG